AUGGGCGACAGCUACUCCGAGGCGAUGGUGCGGAGUGUGCGGACACCACAGAGGAAGACCGGACAGGGACUGCGGGGCCGACCGCAGACGCCCACCCAGCGGCAUGUGGAGGAGGUGGUGGCCGCGAGCCACCCUCUGGACUUGACGGCCGACCAGUUGGCGGCACUGCCACGGCGGACGGCGGACGAGCUGCGCACUCUCCGGGCUACACUCCGCAAGGCGUGCGAGGAGGCUGACGCGUGGCAGGCAGAGCGGGCAAAACAUUUCUUUGUGGCUUCUCCCUCGCCUCAUGCCCGCAAGCGGGCUCCGCUCACCCUCCCCUCCCACAUCACCGCCGCGCUCUCGCCGCUUGGCGAGCUGGCGGCAGCAAGGGCUGGCUACGCGGUGCCGGCUGGCACAAGUCCGCUCCCAGCUCAUCGCUCGGUCGGUGGUCUUGGCCUCGCCUGGCGUGCUCCGCCGGCCAAGGGCGACGAGGUUGUUGCCUCGCUUGUCCGUGACGCCAAGUCGGUCUUGUCUGAUCUCCUCAACCGCCCGCCCGAGCUGGCCGCCAUCGAGGCUGCGCUCGGCGUUGGUGAGCUGUAUGUGGCCAAGGACGUCGACUCGCGUGGCCGCGCCAUGUGGAUGGUGCUGAUGGAGGUCUCGAUGCGACAGGGCCGGCACGUGGUGGCCUCGGGCGCGCUCAUGCUCGGCCGACUGGCCAAGAUCGGUCGCCCGGGCGUGUCGCCGGCCGGGAAGGCUUCGCGGGCGCGCAAGCUUGCCCGGGCCCGCGCAGGCUACCACUCGCCACAGGCAGAGCGGAGUGCAAACUACGCGGUCCGACCCUUCCGCGAGCUCCCGAAUCGCGGUCUGGCCGUCCUCGGCAAUGGCGCCGAGUGGCACAUCGAGGCCGCGCCGCUGAGCUCGUUCCAGAUGGCGACAAUGCGGUCGUCGGUAGUGGCGAGUAGCGGUGCGAGCGCGAGCAGCACGUUGACCGAAAGCGGAGUGCCAGUCGAUAUCGACGCGUGGACGCCCGAGCCCGAGGUGCUCGGCGGGAGGGAGGUGCUGGCCGACUCGAUCGCGGCGGCGCGGACACUGCUGGCCGACCGCGACACACUCCGGCUGCGGUCGCGAGUCUGGUUCAAGACUGCCGACACCCAGUCAGCCGGCACGCUCUCACAGGCGGGCGUCCUUCGCUUGCUCACCACCGUGGCGUCUGCGACAGGCAUUCCGUUUGCGCCGCAAACAGUCGACCACAUCGUCUCGCCGCUGCCGGGCGCGGUCUCGCUCUCGGCCUUUGAGAGCGCCCUGGAGGCGCUACUCGAACUCGAGCUAGCGGUGAGGAUCCGCGCCCUGGACGCGUCGACCGAUUCCCGUGCCGCAAAGCUGCUGGAGGACGAGGACGCGCUGCACGAGCUCGUUCUGGAAGUCUUUCACGACUUUGAUCUCGCCGGCGCUGGCACGGUCGACGCUGAACACCUCGAUGCCAUGCUCGGCAUCCUCGCUAAGCGAGCUGGACUGCGGACUGCACCGUCGGCUGGACUCAUCUCGCGGGUACUGACCGUGUGUCCUGCACCAGCUUCGGGCAUUCUCGGGGUCAUGGACCUCUUUCCGAUUGUGGUCACGCUGCUGCAUCUGUACGGCUAGGCUAGC